AUGCAAGGGAUCUACAGACUCCAGAGGCUAGAAAAGACCGUGGGGAUAUUGGUGGACCGUUUAGACGCACAGUUCAAAGGUCAAAGAGAAUCUUCGGCCCACCGUACUUUGCCUCCACCUGAGGCGCCGAUAACAUCAUCCGAGCUUAAUCCAGCGCCGAUUAUUUUGAUUCGCGGUGCUGCAGAUGACGCUGGUGUCUCAUCACAGGAGCAACCAGACUACCAGCUUCAUUUUUCAUCUGAUGUGAUUUCAGCUGGAUUGAUCACAAUACCAGCCGCCCACUCCUUGUUAAAGAUGUGA